AUGGCGGAACCAGGGAAGAAAUACGUCGAUGGUGCCGAUUACUACGGCGAUACCACGUAUCUGUGGCGAAACAUGAAGGUUUUGGGUAUCAUCACUUGCUAUUGCAUCAUCGGGUCGCAACUUUCCGUGGUGAAUAAAAUUGCCGUCACCGAUAUCCCUGUCCCUAAUGUUAUUUUGGUCAUUCAAUUCGCGACGGCGUCGUUUUUGCUCGGCUUAGCGCACAUGUUUGGAAUGAUUAAGUUGGAGAAUAUCAACAUGAGAACGUGUAUUGGAUUUUUACCGUUCGUGGCGUGUUUCUUUGCUCUUUUGAGCUCGGGUAUGUGGGUGAUGAAAGUCGCUCCUUUAGAGACGUUUAUCGCGUUCAAGUCGACGACACCCAUUGUCUUGUCAAUGUUAGAUUAUAUGUUCAUGGGGAGAACAUUUCCAAGCUUGAAGUCACUCUGUGCGAUGGCUGGUAUCACCGGCGGGGCGGUUUGGUACGUAUCUGGCGAUGUUAAAUCGGAAAAAAUUGCAUACCUGUACUGCGCAGUUUUUGUUUUCAUGGCGUGCAUCGAAGGGGGGGUUGCAAAAGAUACGAUUAAUAGAUAUCAAAUGAACUCGUGGUCGAGAACAUUUUUGGUGAACACUUUGUCGAUACCGGUCGGUAUCGUUUUGUCUCUCCUUACCGGUGAAGCUGAAAACGUGAAAAAUGGCAUGGACGCGAACGGAAACGCGUUGAAAUUUGGAAACCGAGGACUUAUUGCGUUGGUGUGCUCGUGUUUUUUUGGCGUUGGGAUGGGUCUUUUUACCAUGCUCAUCAGAGAUGCGUUGAGUGCAACUUCGUGUGCGGUUGUUGCGACGUGCAACAAGUUUCUCGCCGAGGUUGUGAACUUUUUCAUCUGGAAAAACCAUGCCUCACUGGAAGGCGCGGGGGCGGUGUGCUUGAUCAUGGCGAGUGGUAUUUUUUACGAGCAGGCGCAGUUACGACCGGGGGAGACCGGCUUCAACCCAAAAACAAUAUUGCCUUGCAUACCUCGAAGGGUUUUAGGUAUCGUUCCUGACGAAGAAGGAGUCAGAGAAGGCCUCUUAGGAAAGUAA